CAGUAGGAAGUGGCCGUUCCCCGCCCAGCUGUGCUACGUGCCUUGGCUGUUGCUGUUGUCGCGCUGCUACUUUUGUGGGGCCCGUCCGAUCAGACCAUGCAGGGCCCCCGGGCUCUCCUCAAAGGAGUCGCGGCAGCGGCGCGAGCGGUCGGUGCCCAGGCUUCAUCUUUUGCCACAGGGCCACGACAGGCAGAUGGCACAUUCUAUGAGUUUCGUACUUACACAAUUAAGCCAAACAAGAUGAAAGAUUUUCUGGACCUCACUGCUAAAAACAUUCAUCUUCGCACACUUCAUUCCCCAAUGGUUGGAUAUUGGACUCUGGAAUUUGGGGGAAUGAAUAAAGUUUUCCACAUUUGGAAAUAUGAGAGCUUUGCGCAAAGGGCUGCGGUCCGUACAGCCUUAACCAAAGAUCAAGAAUGGCAGGGAAAAUACAUGUCUCAUAUGCUGCCUUUGUUGGACAAACAAGAGAAUGAGAUUACUUACCUGGUCCCCUGGUGUGCUUUUGGCAGCGCUGAAAAAGAUGGAGUCUAUGAAUUGGUCACCUUCCAGAUGAAACCUGGUGGACCAGCAGUGUGGGGACAGUCCUUUAAAUCUGCAAUUAAAGCCCACAUAAACAGUGGAUAUACUAAGCUGAUUGGGGUCUUCCAUACUGAAUAUGGACUACUCAACCGAGUUCAUGUGCUUUGGUGGAAUGAAAGUCCAGAUAGUCGGGCAGCUGGAAGACAUUAUGCCCAUGAGGAUCCUCGGUUAGUAGCAGCUGUUCGAGAAAGCGUUCAAUUUCUGGAAUCCCAACAGAACAGCCUCCUGCUUCCUACAGUGUUUUCGCCAUUAAAAUAAAUACAGUGCUUAAUGGGACAAUUGUACUGUUAAGAGCAUCUAAGGGUUUUAAUAGUCCAGCUAUAUAUUUUUUUUCCUGUUUAUAAACUAUGAUACAAACCUAUCCUCUCUUUCUGGUAGCAAUCUUAUGCCUAUUUCCCUUGCUGGAAAUGGGAACGUUAAUCUCCCGCCCAGUGAAAUGAAAAUUCAAGAUUCACUAAAUUAUGUUAUGAAAACGAACUUCCAUAACUUAUUUGUAUUAGACUCCUUCAUUGUAUAGUUAUCAGUGUGUGAAAAUAAGUCUGUCAAAGACUGUGAUUUAAGAAAAGCAUAGUUUUUUUGUUAAUUUUUCUGACCGACAGUACAUAUUGUGAAGGAUCUUUUCUAAAUGGCCACAAUUUCAAAGCAUUAUUAAGUUUUUUUUUAAUGUACAUUUUGCUUGUCCUAAACCUAAGUGCUGCAUUACUCUGAGGUAACAUAUACCAUGUUUCCC